AUGUGGUCUGAUAUCGACAUAAGACCUCAAAAAGAUAAAGGAAAAAAGAAAAUCAGCUCAAAGUCAGGUAUGGAAUUUAGGAAUCAAGAUAAAUUGAAAACAAAAUGUGUUGUUGAUCAUAGUCAGCAACCACAACUUGAAACAUUAGGAGAGAUUCUGAAGCGCGGGAGCAUAAACGAAAGUUCAACGCAACAUGAAGAGCUUGUUAAACACAUGUCUAAUUUGCCGGGGUAUCUGAAAAGUUCUGAUAGAGGAAAAAAUAUCCAAGAGAAGGCUUUGAAUUUCGGUGUUCUUGAUUGGUCGCGACUUGAGAAAUGGAAGAACAAACAAUCGUUUGAUAGAAAUGAAGAAUCAUCGUCAUCUUCAAGGGCUGCAACCACGUCGUCUUCCAAUGCUAGAGGAUAUAAAAAGUUUGAUGAUAAAAAAGGGUUAUGUUCUUCAAAGAAUGGUGAACAAUAUCGAAAUUCUGGUAAAAAGAUCAUUGGAGGAGAGCAUAGAAUGAGAUCAAGGGAACUUGAGUCCAUUGGCGAAAUUCGGUUAGAUAAAUCACUUCGAAAGGGGAAAAGGAGUGAUUAUGAUGUUGAAGCUAUAAGCAUGCAGGGUUUCCAAAAGAAAAAAGAGAGAGGUUUUAAUUCUGGUUUCGAUAACCGAUUUCCGUCGUUGGAAGGUAAAGUUAAAUGUGUCACAUUAGGAUCUGAGAAGAAAAUGAGUUCCAGAAGAAGUGAAGCCAAGAUAAAGAUGAAUCAAUGGCAGGAAUCAGAUAUUGAAUUUGAUCAAAACCAUUGUCAUGGCAAGCCAAGAGACAUUGUUUUGCUUCGUCCCCGAAAGUUUCUGCAAUCGAAUUUCGAAGACUAUUUUCCACAUUCUCAAUCAGUAGCUUCAUCUGAUGAAAAUUUUUCAGAAUCAAGCUUGAGUAGCUCAUCUUAUAUUUCCCUUCCCGGGGAGGCUUACGCCGAAAAUAUUCUCCCUUCUGUGACUAGCCUUGCUUCUUCUUCGGAAACAACGCAGCAGGACAAUUUCGAUACUGAUCUAGAUGUUGAUUAUUCUUCUGUUCGAUCGGAGAAACCUGGCUGCUCGAAUAAGAGGUCUAGUUUCAAGUCUAAUAAAGAUAUUUGCAUUGAAAAAGAAAUGUUAGACGUGAAGCAAGGAAAUCAGUAUUCUUUCAAUAAUAUGAAAGAGUCAACCGAGAGAGACAGGAAUAACAUGUCCCAACAUCAGCUUAGCUUUGGCUCGAAUCGAUUGGGAAGAAGUUUAAGUUUCAAGGAGGGACCUACCCUUCCAAAACAAAGCUCCAAGAAAGUUAGUGCAAAAUCCGGUCCAUUGAUAUUUGAAUCUUCCAAUUUGAAUAAAUCUAGCAAAGAUCAUAAGGCGGGUGAUCAUAAGAGAACAAGAUCGAGCACGAUCCUGAGGUUAUUAGACCCUUUAUGGAAACAUAAGGCAUCAAACACACAGCAACAUUCAUCUGAAAUCAGUUUGACACCAAAAGGAAGCCCGAAUUCAACGAGCUUUAGGACGAAUAAUUUGCAUGAUGAAUAUCACAAGGAAUCGUCGAUUAAAGCUAUUUUGCAGCUAACAAUAAAAAAUGGACUACCAUUGUUUCAUUUUGUGAUCAACAGUGAAAGAAAGGUUCUUGCAGCUACCAUGAAUAGUUUAGCUUCGUUGGAGAAGGAUGACGGAAGCUGCUAUUUCACAUUCUACCUUCUUAAUGAAAUCAAGAAAAAGAGCGGUAGAUGGACGAGUCACUGGAGCAAAGAAAAGAAUUCUGGUGGAUAUGCCUAUAAUAUCGCUGGUCAUAUGAAAAUUUCUAACUCUAGAAUCACUGAGACAAAGGACGGGAACUUCAAGGGACAGUGUAUGGUGAAAGAUUACAUCCUCUUCGGCAUUGGAAAUGACCAGCCGGAUCAAGGACCGAAAGAUUUCGUCAAGAGAAAGGAGCUUGCUGCUGCUGUUAUUGAGAUCCCUUGUGAAAAUGUUAACUUGCUGAAGAAGGAAUGUUUAAAGUGCCUCCUUGCAGAUAAAAGAUGUUUUUGCAUCUCACAAGAAAAUGAUAUUUCUGGUAGUAGUAUUACAGUAAUACUUCCAGGUGGCUUACAUGCUUCCCCGAAAAAAGGAGAGCCUUCACCGUUGAUUCAUCGAUGGAAAUUGGGCGGAUUAUGCGACUGUGGCGGUUGGGAUGUUGGUUGCAAACUUCUUGUUCUCUCUAACCAAAACCCGAGUUCAAAGCCCCAUCUCGAGAGAUUUCAACUUUUUGUUCAGGAAGGAACUGAGGAAGACACGCCCUUAUUCAUUUUGGAGCCAUUGAAAGACGGAUUCUACUCGGUAGAAUUCAGUUCAACAAUCCCUCAUUUACAGGCUUUCUUUAUUUCUGUUUCUGUCUUAAGCAGCAAGAAACUACCAAGUUCGAUGAAAAUUCCAAGUAAGGAACUGAUUUCCAAGGAGGAAGCAAGUAAAUACUAUAAUUCAGGUCCACCACUCUCUCCUGUUGACAGAGUUUAA